GAAACGAUCCGUAUUGUUUUGUGGAGUUCUAUGAGCACCGGCACGCGGCUGCAGCACUGGCUGCUAUGAAUGGCCGGAAGAUAAUGGGAGGUCAAAGUGAACUGGGCAACGACCCCCAGCAGCCAGAAGAAAGAUACCAGCAACCAUUUCCAUGUCUUUGUCGGAGACCUCAGUCCAGAAAUUACAACUGAAGAUAUAAAAGCAGCUUUUGCACCGUUUGGAAGAAUAUCUGUUGUCUGUACUGGACAUUGAAGUUUCUUGAUGGUGAUGUAAGAGAACAUAGAGUGCUUUGGAGUGUUGUGUAGUGAAGCAUUUAAUUGAAGUAAGUUUGUUUUUUGUUUUUUUUUUUUCCCCCUCAGAGUCCAGUGUAUUACUCUUUUAAUGCCAGCUUGAUUUCCUUUUAUGAUAAGGUUUUAAAAAAAAAAAAAAUUUAAAUGUGAUCUGAAUGUGACUUGCUUCAGACAACUAUAAUGCUUGACUGCAUCUUUUGUAAUUGUCAUCCAGGAAAUGCAGAGGGUCGGACUCCUAAGGAGAGUCAAUUUAUCCUCUGGCCAAAUGUGGUCUGGAUGGAAGGGACGAGGGGCUCUACAGGAGAGCUGAAGUGCUGGAGCGAGCGCGGAAGGGAGGCAGUGAUAGACAGUGUUGGGGGGGCUGCGGGGGAGCUGUGAAAGAGAGUUCCCCCUCCCUGAGUCAGCGCUGGGUUUCUGAGGUGACAGUUCCGUGAACAGUCACCUUUUACAAACCAGCCCCCCCCCCCCCAAAAAAAACAAACCCCCUCCCGAGCCUGAAGCAAAAAGUGACGGCUGAACCUCAGCUGGGGGAGUGUCCCGUCUCAGCAGACGUCGGACCACGGUCCGUAUUUUGGGGGCCAUGCCCAUUUCCCAUUUUUUCUUAGAAGAGCUUUCCGGACACAGAGCUGUCGCUGCAUGCUGACGGGGAAGGGGGAGCGAUGCUUUUGCUUUUGGGUGCGCAGCUGUAGAGCUGGCACGUGGCAAACUCGCGGUUUGCUCUGCCUCAAACUGACUGUCCAAAAUGAAACUCCGUUCUUUUCCCCUCACAAAAGCAGUAGAUUAAGAAUUGUCCCCGUAAUGACUCUUUUGAACUCUAGGUCCAAAACUGAGGGAUUAGAGAAGGGACCUCGAUUUUCUCUUUGUUUAAAUUUAACCUGAAAAAAUAUUGCUACUGUUUCUUAAGUGGUCGAAUGAAGUUACUUGACUUUACCUGUUCUUCAUUAGUGACUAGUUUCUGGAAAUGUGGUGCUAAUGGAAUAUUUCCUGAUCUAUUUAUUUUUUUUUUUAACAUUGUCUUUGUUGGUGCUAAACUGAGCUUUUUUUUUUUUUUUUUUUAAUGACACCGAGGUUGAACUACUGCAUGAUUAGCGCAUAAGAAAUUUUGGUAAUUCUUUGCAUCUGGAUUUUUUAAUCACUGUAAAAGCACACUUUCACUGUGGUUUCCUUUUAUGCUUGCUGUACGCAUGUUUUCACUUGUUCUCAAGUCUUUAUUUUCAAAGUUUUCAGUUGAGGGUAAGUAGAGAUGAGUUUUUCCCCCCCUCCCUCUAUAGGCUCUUCAGAGCAAAGCAAUCUAAGCUUACCAAAGUGGCUCUUCUCAGGCAAUUUGUAACAUAUGACCCAAAUUCUGACCUAACCCAGGAAGGGGGCAAGAAAAAAGGGGGAAGGGGGGAGGAGGGGGGGGUGUCUCACAAAGAGGGAAGAAAUAACAUUUCUGCUGUAGCCUUGGGAGAGGGAUUACCCUUCGGCGAUGGUGUCAGCGCUGUGGGCUAACACGUGCCAGAAUUAGGCUUACAAUGAAUGCAGCAUUUGCAGUUACUGUAAAGGCUUAAAAAAAAAACCCCGAGUGUUAACGAACCUUCUCUUCAUUGUGACUUUUCUCGCCAGUCUUGGAAUGCUCAGUGUUGUGCACAUGUUAACGCUAGUUUCUCUGAACCCUAGUAUUUUAUACAGCCGUAAGUUACACUGCAUGACUUUCUGACUGGUUUUAUGUUGUUGUUUCUGUUCUUUUAAUGCCUGUAUGUGUGGGGCAAAGGAGGGGAGGAGAGGGUGGCCUGUACUCGAGAGCAUCUUGCCCUCAGCUAACUUGUACGCAAAUUGCCUGAGAAACACUGUAGAGUGGCGUUCCACAAGUGGGGUUUAGCUCUUGUAGCUGGGAUCUCUUUUUAACUCAAUCUCAAAUAAUAGGGCUCUGGUUAUUUUGCAGAGUGUCUCUGAAGAAUGGACAGAAUUGCCAUGGCUAACUACAAGCUACAGUUCACAGUGGACAAACGUUGUAGUUUUCUUAUUUACUUUUAUAAAUUAUUUUUUCUUUUUCUUUUUUUUUUUUUUUAAUAUCUUGUAGAUUCCAAUCAGUCCUGUAUGAUUGCUGUUGUACAAAUGCAGUUUAAAUGAUGUGUAUUAUGUAGUUUAAGACAUGAAUGUUUCGGUGUUUUAUUUUCUUCAAUAAUUUCUGAAAAUGUCAAUCUCUCAAAAUUUACAGCUGCCCACAGUCCAAAAAGGGGGUAACGAAUUGACCCGAGAAAAUUAAAGAAUUCAGUUAACAGGCGACGUAUGCCUUUUAAUUCCUAUCUUUUUUCAUUUUUUCUAUUUUAAUAUUUUGAAUGAGUAGGUAGAAUGUGUUGGCAAAUAGCAAGUUUAAAAAUUGCAUGGUUAAAGAGAGCCAUUCAGCUAAUGUUAGUCAGCUACAUGCCUUAAGUGAUUCUUUUGAAUAGCUGCUUUGACCAUGCUUUGUGUCUUAACAGUCUGUAAAAGCAUUUUGAAGCGGGAGCCAACUGUCGUAAAGUACAUACGUUUGUUAGAGAAGCUAUUGAUUUGCAUGUUUACACAAUUAAGUUUAAUUUUGCUACUACCUGGCAAAGCAUUAGUAAAGUUCUGUUUAGAAAAGAAGCCUUUUGCUUUGACUGUGUUGCUGGUGCAAUAAACAGUUGACGUUAGUAAAGGUGAAACAUGAAAAUAAGCUGUACGUGUGACUCAAGUUGUCGUUUUAGUAAGGUCGUCUUUUGAAGGCGCUGAACUGGCUCUCGUUUCUGCUUUUUAGAGACGCGCGUGUGGUUAAGGACAUGGCGACAGGAAAAUCUAAAGGAUAUGGCUUCGUUUCCUUCUUCAAUAAAUGGGACGCAGAGAAUGCGAUUCAGCAGAUGGGUGGUCAGUGGCUCGGUGGAAGGCAAAUCAGAACAAACUGGGCGACAAGAAAACCUCCGGCUCCAAAGAGUACAUAUGAAACAAACGCCAAACAACUGUCUUACGACGAUGUGGUCAAUCAGUCCAGCCCGAGCAACUGCACUGUGUACUGCGGAGGUGUUACUUCGGGACUGACAGAACAGCUCAUGCGCCAGACCUUUUCUCCCUUCGGGCAGAUAAUGGAAAUUCGAGUCUUCCCGGAUAAAGGCUACUCCUUUGUACGGUUUAACUCUCAUGAGAGCGCUGCGCACGCCAUCGUUUCCGUCAAUGGAACAACUAUAGAAGGACACGUAGUGAAGUGCUACUGGGGCAAGGAGACACCAGACAUGAUCAGUCCGGUCCAGCAGAACCAGAUCAGCUACCCGCCGGCCUACGGGCAGUGGGGCCAGUGGUACGGCAACGCCCAGAUCGGGCAGUAUGUGCCCAACGGGUGGCAGGUCCCCGCCUACGGGAUGUACGGGCAAGCGUGGAAUCAGCAGGGCUUUAAUCAGACGCAGUCGUCAGCAGCGUGGAUGGGUGCCAACUACAGCGUGCAGCCGCCCCAGGGGCAGAACGGGAGCGUGAUCACCAACCAAACGGGAUACCGCGUGGCGGGCUUCGAAACGCCGUGAGGAGGAGGAGGAGGAGGAGCAGGAGGGGACUCCCAGCGCUGUCAGCCGCUGAGUUUUACCAGAUCAAGCGUCGGAUACGAUGUAUUUAUUUUAAGAGAGAGAGAGAAACACACACACACAAAAAAAAACCCCCACACACACACACACAAAAAAAGCAUUUUUAA